CGUCGCGGGAGGUGGGGGCGGGGUAUGGCGCGCUGUGCGGCGCAGGGCGGCUGGCACAAACGGCGGCGGCGAGGCCGGAGGAAAAAGCUCGCCACCCUGACGGGUCCUUUCCCAAGCCCCUAAGGGCAGCAGAGGACUUGGGGACCAGUGAGCACCCCCAGGGCACGAGAAGAGCCUCUGCUGCCUGCCCUGCCUCACCCUGCCCUACGCCAGGCUCAGCCACCCCGGCCCCGGGCUGCAUCAAGUGGAGGAGGCAGAGGCGGAGGAGGGUGGCACCAUGGGCCCGGGCCGUGCCCUCCAUGCCCGGGGGAUGAAGACGCUGCUGCCAUGGACAGCCCGUGCCAGCCGCAGCCCCUGAGUCAGGCUCUCCCUCAGUUGCCGGGUUCUGCGUCAGAGCCCUUGGAGCCUGGUCGGGCCAGGAUGGGGGUGGAGAGUUACCUACCCUGUCCCCUGCUACCUUCCUACCACCGUCCAGGAGCACCUGGUGAGGCCUCGGCGGGGAGUGGGACCCCCAGGGCUACAGCCACCUCCACGACAGCUAGCCCUCUGCGUGAGGGCUUCGGCGGGCAGGAUGGUGGUGAACUGCGCCCGCUGCAGAGUGAGGGCGCUGCAGCACUGGUCACCAAGGGGUGCCAGCGACUGGCGGCCCAGGGGGCCCGGCCGGAGGCCCCCAAACGGAAGUGGGCAGAGGAUGGUGGGGAUGCCCCAGCACCCAGCAAGCGGUCCUGGGCCAGGCAAGAGAACCAGGAGGCAGAGGCUGAAGGGGAGGGCAGCAUGGGCUGCUGCAGUGGCAACAGCGAGGCCAGCGUGGGGCCGAGGGAGGAGGUGCUUCCCACUGCACCCGAGCGCCUGGCCCUGGACUAUAUCGUGCCCUGCAUGCGGUACUACGGCAUCUGUGUCAAGGACAGCUUUCUUGGGGCAGCACUGGGUGGCUGUGUGCUGGCUGAGGUGGAGGCCCUGAAGCGGAGUGGGCGCCUGCGCGACGGGCAGCUGGUGAGCCAGCGGGCUAUCCCGCCGCGCAGCAUUCGUGGGGACCAGAUUGCCUGGGUGGAAGGUCAUGAGCCUGGCUGCCGAAGCAUCGGGGUCCUCAUGGCCCACGUGGACGCUGUGAUCCGCCAUUGCGCUGGACGUCUGGGUGGCUACGUCAUCAACGGGCGCACCAAGGCCAUGGUGGCGUGUUACCCAGGCAACGGACUGGGGUACGUGAGGCAUGUCGACAAUCCCCACGGCGACGGGCGCUGCGUCACCUGUAUCUAUUACCUGAAUCAGAACUGGGACGUAAAGGUGCAUGGCGGCCUGCUGCAGAUCUUCCCUGAGGGCCGGCCUGUGGUUGCCAACAUUGAGCCCCUCUUCGAUCGGUUGCUCAUUUUCUGGUCUGAUCGGCGGAACCCCCACGAGGUGAAACCAGCCUAUGCCACCAGGUACGCCAUCACUGUCUGGUAUUUUGAUGCUAAGGAGCGGGCAGCAGCCAAAGACAAGUAUCAGCUAGCAUCUGGACAGAAAGGUGUCCAAGUACCUGUGUCACAGCCAACCACGCCCACCUAGUGGCCAGUCCCAGAGCUGCAUGGACAGACAGCUUGCCCUGACUUCGGGAGAGCCUCCGGCCCCCUGCUGCCGGCCCAGCAGCCCACCACCCUCGGUGCCUGCGCCCUUUAGGC